GGCCCAUCUCUAUCCACACGCUCACAAUAACACACUGUCACCGUUCCGUUCCGUUUUCCUCUUUUUUUUCUUUCUUUCAAAUCCCCGCUUCGUGAAAUCCCGAACCAGAAACCAUGCUUCUCCGAACCGCUGCUGCUUCUGCUUCGUCCCUCUCCCUCUUCAGCCCGAACGCCGAACCUCCCCGUUCGGUUCCCGCUCGUGGAUUGGUGGUUCGCGCAGCGAAAGGAUCCACGAACCACCGCGCCCUGACCGGAGUGAUUUUUGAACCGUUCGAAGAGGUGAAGAAGGAGCUCGAUCUCGUUCCCACCGUUCCGCAAGCUUCUCUCGCGCGCCAAAAAUACGUUGACGAAUCUGAGUCCGCCGUUAACGAACAAAUCAAUGUGGAGUAUAACGUUUCGUACGUUUACCAUGCCAUGUUUGCGUACUUCGAUAGGGACAACGUUGCGCUGAGAGGACUUGCCAAGUUUUUUAAGGAAUCGAGUGAAGAAGAAAGAGAGCAUGCCGAGAAAUUGAUGGAGUAUCAGAACAAACGUGGUGGAAAAGUGAAGUUGCAGUCAAUUGUGAUGCCGCUUUCUGAUUUUGAUCAUGCAGAUAAGGGAGAUGCGCUGCACGCAAUGGAACUCGCUCUGUCAUUAGAGAAGCUAACCAACGAGAAGCUCCUUAACUUGCACAGUGUUGCCACAAAGAAUGGUGACGUGCAGUUGGCUGACUUCGUGGAAACUGAGUAUCUGGGUGAACAGGUGGAAGCCAUCAAAAGAAUAUCCGAGUAUGUUGCUCAGCUCAGAAGAGUUGGCAAAGGACAUGGUGUUUGGCACUUUGAUCAGAUGCUCCUCCACGAGGGAGGAGAUGCAGCUUGAUGAUUAUUACUACAUUACCCCCCUUUCUAUUAUUAUUUUGUAUCUUGCUCAUCUAGGUGGCUUUCUAGUCUUUUGCUAGAAGGUGGAACUGAACUAUAUGGAUGAAUAAAAUAAAUGUGGACUGGUUUCGGUCCUCUCGUAGAUUAUUUACUACUUGA